AUGAAUGGGUCACCAAGUGUCCGUGCAGUGUGCGUGCAGUGCCCCCAUGCAGUGUCCCCCCCUGCAGCCCCCGUGCAGCGCCUGUACAGUGCCCGUACAGUGCCCGUGCAGUGCCCCCGUGCAGCCCCUGUGCGGCGCCCGUACAGUGCCCGUACAGUGCCCGUGCAGUCCCCCCGUGCAGCACCCGUGCAGUGCCCGUACAGUGCCCGUACAGUGCCCGUGCAGUGCCCCCCGGGCAGCCCCUGUGCAGCCCCCGUGCAGCAGCUCCGAGCAGUGCCUGUGCAGGGUCCAGUGCAGUGCCGACUUGUUGAGUCGGCUCUCUCCCUCUUGCUGACGGGCCCCCGCUGUGAUAAUGACCAGCUGGGAGUUUGCAGUCACACUAUAGUCUUUGCUAGAGACAAUUCCUACGUGGCCUGGAAGAUAAGUGGCUUCCCCAAAAACCGAGUUAUUGGGAGUGGUUGCAAUCUGGAUUCAGCUCGGUUCCGUUACCUGAUGGGGGAAAGACUGGGCAUUCACCCGCUAAGCUGUCAUGGAUGGGUCCUAGGGGAGCAUGGGGACUCCAGUGUGCCUGUGUGGAGUGGUGUGAAUGUUGCUGGAGUCUCGCUGAAGAAUCUGAACCCAGAACUGGGCAGCGAUGCGGACAAGGAGCAGUGGAAGGAGGUUCACAAGCAGGUGGUUGACAGCGCCUAUGAGGUGAUUAAACUCAAAGGAUAUACAUCCUGGGCCAUUGGCCUCUCCGUGGCCGACCUGGCUGAGAGCAUGAUGAAGAAUCUUAGGAGGGUGCAUCCUAUUUCUACCAUGAUUAAGGGUCUCUAUGGAAUCAAGGAUGAUGUCUUCCUCAGUGUCCCUUGUGUCCUGGGACAAAAUGGAAUCUCAGAUGUUGUGAAGGUGACUCUGACUUCUGAAGAGGAGGCCCGCUUGAAGAAGAGUGCAGAUACGCUCUGGGGCAUCCAGAAAGAGCUGCAGUUCUAAAGUCCUCAGAUGUCCUAGAGCUUCACUGUCCAGGCUGCAGCAGGGUUUCUAUGGAGACCACACGCCAUCUCCUCAUCUGAGCUGUGUUUAGUGUUGUUGUGUUAAGGGGGCAGUUCCCACAGCUCUACCCUGCUGCUAAGUGGUACUUGUGUAGUGGUAACCUGGUGGUGUGGCAGUCCCACUGUCGUCCCACUGUCUCUGAGACACACUGCCAAUUGUGUGCAGGCUUCGGUUAUCUUGGGGGCCUGCUGUGUCUGCUGUGCACCCUCACCAACAUGCCUAGGCCAGUGAGUUCCCAGUUAGUCAUAACGUGGCCCCAGUGGGUAAAUCCUUUCUGCAUAUUUGUGCAUAACUGUUCUAAAGGAUAUUAUUUUGUGUAUUAUGUGUCUGUGGUGUACACUGAAAUACUACGUAAAAAGUAAGAUGUGCAUAUGAAUGAUGCAACCAACUACCCAAGUGUCAUGCCAAUGAAAACACCAAAUAAACCUUGAACAGUGAUUAA